AACGGUUUUGACAGAAGUUGCACAGGAGAAACCGCUACCCAGAGCCAAAAGCGGCCGCCCAGACAGUACAACCGAGAUGGAACGACAGCUCCAACAGCGUCGUGAUCACGCACGAGCCUGCAACCCGCCACUGUAGCCGUUUCUAGCUCCUUUAAGUUCCUGUUUUACCAUGAAGGAAUUGAUUUGCCUUGCUUGUCCAUUUUUUUUUUUAACGAGAUGUAAAAUCAGUCCGGUAUGUAACUUCUGGAUUACUCCCUGCCCCGUGACGCCGGAUUUCCCUGCCUCCAGAAUUGCCCCUGUCCUAGGACUGCCUCUUCGGAGAUGUCCUCCGUUACCGUAGCUGUUGAUUACCUUUUCGACGAGGCGUUCUGGCUCCACGUCGCCCUCGCCCCUCGGGCCGGCGGAGGAUCCGCCGGCGAGGCGAAGCCCAUCGUCACCGCGAGCCUCGCUACAGUCGCCGCCACCGGAAAGCUGCACGUCCAACGACGCCGCAGGUCCCAAACGGCCCUGUCGCGCAGCUUCGGAGUCCUCCCUGCUACCGGCGAUGAGAUCUUCCUCGCCGUCCUGAUCAUGUCUGGCGGGUAA